AUGACUCCUGUUACAGAUGAGGAUAACAAUGCUGCCUACGACGCCGACCGGAACUUUCUUCCCUUUGUAAAAUCCAACCAGGUCACUUUUCUCCUCAAUCGCCCACAGCAGAUACGACUGGAGUUUGUGCGUGACCCGGCGACUGGGGCGGAGAGAAUUCGGUCCAUCAACAAUCGGCGCUCUUACCAGGCGGCUCUCGGAUAUACACGUGGCGAGAUAGUUCCGAAUCCCUAUAUUCUGGAUUACGGGUUGGAUUCGAUGGCGACUGUUACCCUGUCGGAGGGCGAGGGCGAAGCUGUAGGCUCUACCACACGCAAAUCUGGACAGAUUGAUGCCAAGGAUCGGCUGGUGCCUCGCCAAUACCGUGCGUCGGAUUUGAAAAACCUGGAGCUCCUCUAUCUUUAUGAACGGGGCCUGUUGCAUUGGCCGAGGAAAGUGCAACGCGGAAUAAGAAUAUUCGAACAGGAGGAGACCACUGAUGAAGAAGCAAUCUUCAGGGCAUUCCAAGAUGACUAG